CAUCCAUGUACAUUAUGCAUAAUGACAUGUAUUUUAAUAAAUUUCGUGCAUAUUUGAAAUUCUCUGAUUUGAGAAAUUUGAAGUUUUAAGCCGAAAAAUGCGUCAGCUUUUCUCAUCCAGACUUCCUAUGUUAUGAUAGAAAAGAAUGCUGCCAUGAUUCAGGUGAAAGGUUUUGACAGUAUAAAAUGGGAUCUGGUGCUUCUAACACUAAAGUAGAGGAAAUUAGCAUCAAAUCACCAUCACAGUUGAAGUUACCUGGUGUGGGAGAUCCACAGGACAAUUGGACUUUGAACAACAACUACGCGAGUGGGAUCACUAAGGGAGAUAACUUGAACAGCAGUCAUCACCAAAGCCAAGUGAACCAUCCAACUGUUUGUGUUAAUGGCGUGCAAGAAGACAAUUUGAGCCCAACCAGCCAUCUUCAGAAAGACAAGAGAGUGCAAAUAAAAUCCAAAAUGGCUUCUAAAGAUGAAUCAGAAAUCAAAAAGGAACUGAACGAAGAUUCUGAUGAUGAUAAUGAUAGUGAGAAUGAAGGGGAAGACAACCCUGAGGGAACAACAACCAAGAAAAAAGUACCAAAAACUCUCGAAGAAUAUAAGGAACUUGAAAUCAAUCAUUUGGAAAAAGCGAAGACAUUUUUGGAAAGUCUUGAAGCAUACAAAGAAGAUGCUGAUGAUGACAAACUUCAGUGCACGUUGGUGUCCAUUAAAAAAAUGUAUCUAAAACUGAUAAGUGCUCCGCUGGCUCUCCGCGUAGAAUAUCGACACAAACUAGCUCGAAUUAUAGUCGAUCACGGAGUGUACGUGCCUUUAAUCUGUGAUAAAAUUGUCAGGAUUUUGAAAGAGGGGAAGUUUAGAAAAUCAAAAGAAGAUGAGAUCGGAACGAAAAAUUAUAAAUUUGUGAGUGUCAACAUCAUAGCUUUGAUGAAUUUCUCCGAUUGCUCUGACCUAUUUCGAGAAGCGCUCGGAAAUCAUGAGCCUUUGUUGAUGGUCAUGUCCGAAAAGCUCCUAGAAUGGGCUGAUGUUCAUUUGGAUAAAUCCAUACCG